CGCCCAGCCAGUGACCGGUAUAUUUGCCGCUUCCGGCGAAUGUGGAUCGCGAAAGAAUCAUGGAUCGUUUUCCAGUCAAGACUUGGCGCGCCGCCCUACAGUUCAGAGACUUUUAUCACCUUUGAAAGAAACAAAACAGUUCGUUCCCGUUUGGAUUGGAACUGUUGAAAAGGGCGAUUGAUGUGAGAUCACGUGACUUCAUCUAGUCAUUGGAAUCGCUACCAUUGCUGUUAUUAAUCCACCAUCGACUUAACUAGCGGACGGAUCCUCAUAUGGUCAGACUAUAAAGGAUGAACAGGAAUGCGGAUGGUUGGAAAAUAAUUCAAAGGAUCGUUAACAAACAAAACAAAAAAAAAACGCGUCUAACCGCAUGGUUUCCACUUUGAAUGAUGGAAGUCUAGUGCACGCACAGCCACUGCCGGAUUAGAUGACGCAGACGCAGCCGCUAGAUUCCACUAGACAUGCCGGAGUGAGACUGUCCGAUGUUGAAAGAGAGACGCCGAACAAACCCGACGCCGAUUCCCACAGCAUUCAGUGUCGGGCCGUCUUUGGUAUCCAAUGGAUGUGCAGCCAUAUAGUCUCUUGGGCUACAUCUUCUACGGUCAGUUUUUGGAACGCUAGACACACAAUUAAGUCCUUUGUUUUCCUUUUUCUCGAUCUUCUCUCCUCGCUGGUCUAUUUAUUAGAUUGUCGUCACGGGAGCCGGCCAUUCGUUCGUUACGAACGACUGUUGCUGGAAAUUGGACGUUUAGUAGACGGGGUGAAAGCAUCCGUCAGCUGCCGGGGAUCUUCAUUUUCAUUGUUUGGCCUUGCCAAUGAACUGAGAACUUGUGCAUCAUUUUGAAAGCCAUUUUUAGUGGCAUUCCACGAACUGGAAAGACAAACUGAAGGUUAUCUCAAGGAGUGAAAGACACAAAGAGAUUGGCUAACACCGCACGCCUUCUCUGGAAUACACACGAUACCGAUUGCGUGGGCCGCCAACCGAGCAAAAGAAAGCUUCAUGUCGAGAUGACAGUCGCCUCGUUAAAAGAUUGCUUGUGAACAGGACGUGACGGGCAAGAAUAUAACGCCGUAGCACUUUCUUCAAUUAGAUUUAAAAAAAAUAAAUAAACUUGAAAAAAAGUGGGGAUACUAAUUCAAGAUAUUGUCCGAAAUAACUCGUCUUCUACGCUCGAAACUUUCGUUCACGAAAUUGCGAAUGCAAUCAGAAAAGUAUAGAGUUGAUGCAUAGCAGGUCGCCAUGACAAUGAUGCCCAACGAAGUAGCCAACGAAUCGCAUUGGUCGGCCAUGGACGAAGACGAGGAACUCAGCGAUGGUUAUGUGGCGUACAGCGAACGACUAGAGACGUACAUCGUGCCCGUCGUGUUCGGCAUCAUCUUCCUAGUGGGUGUCAUCGGCAAUGGCAGCCUUAUAUACGUGCUGUGUCGUCACAAAUCGAUGCGCAGCGUCCCCAACACGUUCAUCUUUAACUUGGCUGUCGGCGACCUGCUCAUCCUCAUUUGCACCGUUCCCUUCACCUCCACAAUCUACACGUUCGACUCGUGGCCCUACGGCGAGUUUGUCUGCAAAGCCUCCGAAUUUGCCAAGGUUAUUGCUGCUGUGCUGGAUGUCUCCAACGAUAGACAAGUCGCGUUCGACACGGAAGAUUUAGUCACAGUUUAUUUUAUUUUAUUUAUUUAUUUUCUGGGACUCUUCAAGAUGAAUGGAAAACCCAGAGUUCUUGGAAGGCAGUCAAUAAAUUCCAAAGACACGUCAGUAGGCGUUUCCGUCUUCACGCUCACGGCCCUCAGCUUCGAUCGGUACACGGCAAUUGUACGACCCGUCCAGUCGUUUGUCAGUGGCCCCAGGUCCAAAUUGGUCAUCGUUUGUCUUGCGGUCAUCUGGCUGACAUCGUUGGUGCUCGCCCUGCCGGCCGUCUUCUUCUCGCAUUUGCUCAAGCAUUCCGGCGAGCGCAUUCCGGACUCGGAGCGGGACGUCGAUGCUAAUGGAACAAUGAUUGGCCCCACGCAUAGGGAAAUUCAUAUUUGUUAUCCUUUCCCUCAAGAAUUCGGACCAGACUAUCCGAGAAUCGUCAUCCUCCUCCGCUUUCUUCUUCAUUAUUUCCUACCUCUCAUCACCAUCGGCACGUUCUACGCAAUUAUGGCUCACCAUCUCCUGCGCAGCGUUCAAAAUAUACCCGGGCAGGCCAUGUUGACAGCCACAUCUGUGCGUCAUAGAUACCAGACAGAACCUUCUUCGUCUAAUCAGUCGGAGCCAACCGUUUUACUCCAGCAACACCAGCAGCCGAAUCAGAAUCGAGCACGUCGCAAACUCGCAAAGAUGGUUCUGUCUUUUGUCGUUCUGUUUGCCGUCUGUUUCUUGCCGAUUCACGUCUACUUCAUGUGGUUCUACUUCAACCCAAACUCGGAGGCUGAAUACAACGCUUUUUGGCACGCAUUAAAGAUAUUCGGAUUCGUCCUGGCGUACACGAAUUCGUGCAUCAAUCCCAUCGCGCUCUACUGCGUCAGCACCAGCUUCCGCAAACAUUUCAACCGAUUGCUUUGCUGUUGCGGGGCAGAUCAAGGCGCUAACGGCCACCACUCGGGUCCAGUCAGCUAUUGCGGUGGCUCGUUGUGCGCGGGCAACGCAGCUAGCUACAGCCGUGCCGGUGGUACAGCACUUCUAACGGAAGAUCCUGCAGCCUUCACUCAUCACUCGAGUGGUCGGCGACAAAAUACCAUGCUCACUUCAAUCAGCCGUCGACAUCCGCAGGCUGAAAAUCAAAAAAAUGUCGAUGGCGACUAUCCGCUCAACGAGUUGCAUCGUCAACUCCAUCAGCCAACGGCAGUGCGCACACAAUCUAGUUGUUGAUUUACGGAGUUCGAUAGAUCUGAAUGCAUUUGAUUUUAAUUUGUUGAUUUUGAUUUUCAUGUUUUUGGCAAAUCAAAUUUGGCGCCUAGGCAAUUUGUACGAUUUUUUUCGUACACAUUUACACAGGUCCCAGCACACAAUUUGUUUUCGAUUGGCUGACAAAAUUGUUAUUCACGUAAUCAUGUAAUACUAUCACGGGCGCAAAACAGAUCAUUAUUUUAUUAUUUUUGUUUUUCUUCUUUGCCUCUUUUUAUCUUUUAAAAUCGAAUUCUGAACUCUCAUCACAUCGAGCUAGUACCUCGCAAUAUCUUCUGUUUCCUUCUGGAUAUUUUUGUUUAUUGUUUAUUGUUUUUUUUUCUGCUUGCUGGUGCUGUAUUAACCCCCCUGAGCUGUCACCACUUCACUCCCUUGGAGCUUCUCUCCGUGGUUAAGAACCACACAAUUGGCCGGGUUCUGUGUUUGUGUUUCGAUCGGGAGCAGACAGAAGUGUUUUUAUUUAGAUUUUCAAUUGUGUACUCGAGUUCGUUCUUCAGCAGUGCGGCCCCAUUCUCUUUUGAUUUUCUUCCUAUUGUUAUUGUUGUAACAACCCCCAUACACCUAACGAAAGAGACGUUAACAAAUAAACAGUAGAACGCGGCCGCCACGUCUACAUAAA